AUGGGAAAUCUUACCGUCUCAAACAUCACAUCAAGUGAAGGAGGAGGAGGAUCUCCUUCUAUCUCAUGUCCGAUGUUAAAUACAGUAAACUACACCGUAUGGGCCAUGAAGAUGAGGAUUGCGCUUAGGGUCCAUAAGGUUUGGGAGGUUAUAGAACCGGAAUCUGCAACAGACACCAUCAACAUUGACAAAAACAACAUGGCGAUUGCCUUGCUUGUCCAAUCCAUACCCGAAUCUCUUACCUUGCAAGUCGGCGAACUUGACUCGGCGAAAAAGAUGUGGGAAGCAAUCAAGGCAAGACAUGUGGGAGCAGAAAGGGUGAAAGAGGCUCGGCUACAGACUCUUAUGGCCGAGUUUGAUCGUUUGCGUAUGAAGGACACCGAGAAGGUCGAUGACUUUGUGGGAAGACUAUCUGAAGUCUCAGCCAAGAUGGCUGCACUAGGAGAAAAUCUCAAAGAAUCAAGGAUGGUGAAGAAGUUUUUAAAGUGUCUUCCAAGAGCAAAAUUCAUACACAUGGUUGCAUCAUUGGAGCAGGUGUUGGAUCUUAACACCACAAGCUUCGUGGACAUUGUUGGACGCUUAAAGGCAUAUGAAGAACGAAUCUCAGAGGAGGAAGAGAUACAAGAAGACCACACCAAGCUGCUAUAUGCGACCUGGAGGGACAAUCUAACUAUACAAACCGUGAUUAUAAUGGAGAAUAUCGAAACAGAGGACGAGGUGGAAGAUUUUCUUACAGAGGUAGAGGUCGUGGGCGUUUUGGCAGAGGAAGAGGCUUUGGCGGAGGUCGAGACAUAUCGACUGCUUAAGUUGCAAGAAACACAUGAAGAUGGGAAAAGCAAAACACAAGAAGCUGACGAACUCAUGAUGCACGAGAUCGUUUUCUUGAACGAAGAAAGAUGUAUACCAAGCAAGUUUGAAACAAAUAAAAGGGAAGAGAAUGUUUGGUACCUGGAUAAUGGAGCCAGUAACCACAUGACUAGAGACCGACGCUAUUUUGAUUCGAUUGACACUUCUAUCACUGGGAAGGUACGUUUUGGAGAUGACUCUCGGAUAGAUAUCAAAGGGAAAGGAUCCAUUGCUUUCACUGAUAUGUAUGGAGAGCCAGAGUUAUGA